GACCUCAGUAGCUGUAGCCAGUUCACAAAAAUCUAAAUGGUUUGAAACGCACUGUCGUCCAAAUUAGUAGAACGUCUUAUAAAAAAAUAGGAAGCUGAAAACACACGCUACGUCCCAGGCGAGCAGGUAGUUGCAAUCACGACUAUUAAGUAUACCGCAUAAGGCACCUCGAAGUGUAUUUGAGCAAAAUGGAAUCUAAACAGGAAUUGACCAAGCAGAAUUCGUCUGUUAGUCUCGCGUCGGGAGGUCGAUCGGCCGAAGACAUAGACGACGACAACGACGAUGGGAUGGAAGUCAAGAGCGAAAAGGAGAACACCUCCAGGUCAUUUUGGCGGGGAUAUAGCUCCACUGAGGAUAUCAUCGGCAUGGCCGAGGAAGAUAUUCCCACUGAUUACACAUCGGAACUGCCUGACAGCCUUGAUCGCAAAGGAUUGAGGUGGUUGGACUACAUCUGCUUUGGGGUGACUGUGCCCUCCCUCGUGUUUUGCAUCAUAUUCGUGCUGCUAUUUGCUGUCCUCCCGAGUGAUAUGCAGAAGGCAUGCAGUUCUGCGCUGACAUGGAUUGGAAGCAACUUAGGCUGGUUCUACGUGUUGGUAGUGGCGCUUACGGUGUUAACUCUAACGUACCUAUUGUUCUCCAUAUAUGGAGAUAUCGUCCUGGGAGAUGAUGAUGAUGUGCCUGAGUUCUCGACUGGAUCGUGGCUGGCCAUGUUAUUCAGUGCAGGCAUGGGUGUUGGCAUGGUGUUCUACGGUGUGGGUGAGCCUCUGUCGUACUAUGUGGAUCCGCCAAUUAGUUAUUACUCUGGACCUAUGCAAUGGGCUGUACCGACCACCUUGUUUCACUGGGGUAUAAGCGCGUGGUCUAUAUAUUGCGGACUGAGUCUUGCGUUGUCGUAUUUUACGCACCGCCUGAAAUUGCCACUGACCUUCCGAAGUGCCAUGUACCCGUUGCUGGGUCGAUUCACCGCAGGGUGGCCGGGACAUAUCAUAGAUACUGUAGCUGUCUUCGGCACUAUCGGUGGACUGUGCACUUCACUAGGACUCGGUGUGAUCAAUAUUAUUGGUGGACUAGAUUAUGUAUUUGAUAUCAAGAAUGGUGACCCCACCGAUGAUAUGGCGUGGUUACAGGUAGUUAUUGUACUGAUAACAACAGUGCUAGCCUGCAUAUCGAUCACUACAGGUCUCAGCACUGGUGUGCGAAUUCUGUCAAACACAAAUGCGGUUAUCGCAUUGUUCCUGUGCUUCCUGAUCUUCGUUCUGUGUGAUCCCAUCAGACUGUUGCGGUGCACAGUCGAGAAUCUGGGUCUCUAUGUCGAGACAUUGAUUCAUCGCACAUGGCGUACAGGUUCGUUGAGUGAGCAUGAAAUGAACUGGAUGACUAGUUGGACCGUGUUCUAUUGGGGCUGGUUCUUCUCCUGGGCACCCUUUGUGUCCAUUUUUAUUGCGCGGAUCUCCAAGGGCCGCACAAUCCGACAGUUCAUUGUGUUUGUGCUCGGUGCCCCUACCAUGGCUUCCGUUGUCUGGUUCACUGUGAUGGGGCAGGCGGCAAUCGACACACUGGACGAUCAAAUUUUAGCAGGCGCUGACCACCUAAACCCGCCCGUGGAUACCAUCUACGAAUUGGGUAUUGAGGCCCAGAUUUACGGUCUGCUGAAGGAAAUUUGCCCUGAAUGGUUGUACUACACCUUGUCGGUCGUCACGAUGAUUCUGCUACUAGUGUUCUUUGUCACUUCGUCUGAUUCCGGAACUCUUGUAAUCGACACCAUGGCGUGCGGUGGUCAAGUGGGAUCGCCAAGAAUCCUCAAGUGUGUCUGGUGCGUUGCAACCAACGCAUGUGCGCUAGUACUGCUUAUCUCUGGAGGGUCGGAUGCGCUGGUGGGAUUACAGGCCUGCAGUGUGAUCAUUGGGUUGCCGGUUUCUGUUGCGUACAUCUUCAUCAUACUUGGGUUGCUCGCAGGACUUGCGCGCGAUCCCUUCAUCUUGUCGCAGCCCGCGCCAAUUGGCAACGGCAAGCCAAUCUACGGCCACUUCACGUACCGCGAUGUAUGGACUGACCAGGACGGCAUAGAUGAAAAGGGGCACCCCAGACGCGCGACUGUAGCGAUUGCACAUAUGCGCCGGUCCUUCGUCUCGUCUCUCAAUCCAAAAGCUAUGAGUGGCAACGAUUUGACUGCAAGAGCCUCUCAUUGAGGGGCGACUCAUUAUGCAUAUGAAGUAGCUUUGCAGGGAAUGCGUGGGUGCGGCAUUUGCGGAGGUAACAUUGCUGAAAGCCUCACGCGAAGGGAAUGUGUAGGUACUGCGAGUACUGUAGUAUGAAUUUAUGUGAGUAUCACUAGUAUCAUUUACGUGCCGUUCAUGCAGGCAUCCGUAGUAAAUAUGGACACCAAAUAUCGUGUCGGAAAUUAACGCUGUUAGAAAAUGAAAGGCAUAGAAAUUUUCUUGUAUGUAUACGAGUAGGGCAAGACGCGUAUAUUAUUAGAAGCAGAUCGUGACGGUCUGGUCUCAUUAAAAUCGGUUGAACCAAAUUUUGGUGGUUUUAGUCUCGUGUUAAUCGAUCUCAUCCAACGCUCUAUUAUAUGGGGCAUUAGGGUUUUGAUACAGCUGAUCCGUAGUCUACACAAUGCUCGUGCCUCUUUUUAUGUCAUGCUUGUGCGCUUCUCGGCUUGAGCACAAAUGUACCGCAUAUCAGCUCUGGCGCAUAUAGAAUUACGUCUUAAUGUCUGUG